GCAAAAAUAAAAUUUCAUUUGAAGUGUCAUGACAAAGUUCUUAUUCUUAAUGAAUACUAAAUUCUUGUUAAUGGUCAGUAGUAUACCGCAAAAAGUGUUGAGCAAUUACAUCGGUCAUCGUCAACCGUUUUUUUUUCGCACAUUUACUGGUACUCAACUGUUAUCAUUCAGUAAAUUUAUAGCAACAUAUUACAAUAAGACUGUCGUUAUGCCAGAGAAGCCAAAAGUAGUUUUUGUUUUGGGUGCUCCUGGAGCUGGAAAAGGAACACAAUGCUCGAAUAUUGUGAAAAUGUAUGGAUAUGCUCAUUUGUCGGCUGGCGAUUUGUUACGAGAAGAACGCCAAAGAAGUGGUUCGGAAUUUGGAGAAUUAAUUGACGAUUGUAUUCUCAAUGGAAAAAUCGUUCCGGUAGCAGUUACCUGUUCUCUUCUAGAGAAUGCAAUGAAGAAAUGUUUUGGUGAAACUGGAGCCAAUAAAUUUCUUAUCGACGGAUUUCCACGUAAUCGAGACAAUUUAGAUGGUUGGACUCUUCAAAUGUCAGAAAAAGUCGAUCUACAGUUUGUUAUUGUGUUCGAUUGUACCGAAGAAGUAUGCAUCGAAAGGUGUCUGAAACGUGGGGCAGGAGGGAGUGGACGUACGGAUGAUAAUUUAGAGAGUUUAAAGAAAAGAUUCUUGACUUUCUACAACGAUUCGUUGCCAAUAAUUGAAUUCUAUGAAGCAAAGAAAUUAGUCCGAAAAAUCAAUGGUGUCGCUGACCCGGAUACGGUUUUUAAGAAUGUGAAAACAGUGUUCAAUGAAUUGAAUGCUUAGGAAUAGUUUUAAGCAACGGAAAGUGUAAGAUCAAUCAUUCCACUCUUCAGGUUAGUUUUAAAAGAAAUGUUUCUGUACCAUUUUAAUUGUCGUAUACUACAUUCACUAGUAGUACGAAUUUAGCAAUGUUAUUACUGCGCAAACUGUAAAUCCAAUAAUUGUACUUGUUAAUAAAUUUCU